AUGCCCGACAUGAAAGGCAAGGUAUUUGCCGUGACCGGUGCUGGCUCAGGCAUCGGCAGAGCCACGGCGGUGAGGCUAGCAGAGCUGGGAGCUCAAGGCGUCGCAAUCAGCGACGUGAAUGAGGCCAUGUUGGAGGAAACAAGACAGCAAUGCAGCCGGUAUGCGACGAAAGUGACAGUAAAAAAGGUCGACGUGGCCAAUACCGACGAGGUCGAUCAGUGGAUUCGCGACGUCGUCGGGGACCAUGGCAGGUUGGACGGCGCGGCAAACGUCGCUGGCAUUGCGGGCGGCGAAGGCCAGAUUACAGAGGAGAUAGUAAGUCCUGACCAACAACGGCCACCACCACCACCACCACCACCAUCCUGUCCCGUCUUUAUCCAGACCUCUCCAGUCCCGUCAUGUCCUGACUCCUCCAAGGUCCAAAAAGACUGGGAGCGAAUGAUCUCGGUGAACCUGACCGGCGUGAUGAAUUGCAUGCGGGCCCAACUCCGAGAGAUCUCGCGGCCGGGAGGCUCCAUCGUCAACGUGUCCAGCACAUCUGGCCUCCGAGGUCUGCCGCGCAAUGCGGCCUAUGCCUCGAGCAAAUUUGGCGUCGUUGGCCUCACGGAGUCGACGGCCGCAGAGUACGGGAAGCUGGGGGUCCGGGUCAACGCCUUGUUGCCAGGUCCGAUCGACACCAAGAUCUUCCGCGACGGAGAAAAGAAAGGCCUCUUUGAUUCCGACCUCCUCAGCGCAGGCACCCUGCUGGGCCGGAUGGGCCAGGCGGACGAAGUGGCCAAGGUCCUGGUGUUUCUAUUGAGUGAUGAUGCGUCGUACGUGACGGGCGCAAGAACGUCCAAGAGGACUAACAAAGACUGCGAAUCAGCACGCUGGACUGUCGACGGUGGGUACUCUGCCUGUGGAUUCUACAGGUCUGGAUGA